ACCUCUCUUCCAUGACGGCGCGCGUUUCAUGCUGUUUGUGUGGGGAAACGCGGGCGGCUUGUGUCCACCUGCGCUGCUCCGGCUGAUCGCAGCUUGUUUCAGAAAGUGGCCUCCAGAGUUCGGGUCAGCUCCCAGUCGCCUGGCAAAUUGGCUUCUGAAUAAAUUGUCUCGCAUUGUUAUUGUCAAACGUGAAUUUUAGCGAGGGCAUGCAGGAGAGACACGGCGUGGAACUGCGUGGAUUGAAGCCACAGUAGUGUCGGUGCUAGCUUGGACUCCUUCCUGCAGAGGUGCUGUGAGCAUGUCAAGCUGGGAGGGGGCCCUAGUGCAGACCCAACACCCCAGGUGGAGGAGGUUUCUGUGGAGAGGAUGGGCUGGCUCUCUCACCUGCAGCUGCUGCCCCCGCAACCCUAACUCAUAAUCGUAUUGAAGCAACCUCCCUUACAGCCGAAUUAACCACUUCACAUCUCUUUAUAACCUCCUCUUGCGUGUGUUUUCGCCCAUAUUGCUGCUCACAUUUGACUUGCUGAUGUCAGUGAAUGCAUCACUUAUUAUUUACACAUAUUCAUAUGCAGCAUGUCAAAACAGUUUGUAGUUAUUCAUCAUCGUACACAGUAAAAUAGCAGGCUAAUUUGGUGUCCAAGUUGGCAGCAGGGUCCAUUCUGCUAGUUUAAAUAGACUCUUAUUUGGAAGUGAAAACAGUGAGUGUCCGAGUAGAUGCAAAAAAAGCCGCUUUUAGACUUUUAAUUGGCACAACAGUGGGGUGUUCUUGGUUUCAUGCCAUCGUUUCUGCAGCUGGAAAAGCCAGAUAUGUUCAGGGAAUCCACCAAAAUUACACACAGAUAUGUUGAUGCAGACUGUGAAAAUAUGUUCAUAACUUCAGGAGCUGCAUUUUGUUUGACUCUUUCGAGACAAUGGAGUGAAUGUGAAAGUCACACACCCCCUUUAAUCCUGCAGAUCACCACUUAUUUUUCUGAUAAAAUCUAAAAAAGCUCACCUUCAACAACUUUUCAAUACCUUGACCAUGUAUUUCAAUUCACUUAUUCCUGUUAUGGAUCAACAUUUUCAAUGUAUUUACAGUUGUUUACAUGUUUUUAUGAUCCAACGCAGACCUCAAAUUAGAGGGAAAUAAAUAGAUGAAUAAAGAUUAGUUGCUGUUAUUCCCACUUAUGUUAUUGAAACAAAUAGUUCUGUCAGUAUUUUUCAAGUGAUUAAAUUGCUAUUUAGAUGAGACCUCUGGUAGUUUAUGGUGUGUAUUAAAUCAUAUUGUACUUUGGCUUGCUCUCCUGAUUAAGUCUACUGUUGAUCUCACAUAGUGUUGUUUGACAUUAUAUACUGGCAGAGGCUCUUGACUUCAUCAGUUGCACCGCAAACUUGAGACAAAUUCAUCCCAUUUAUGCGAUGUAUGAAUAAUAAACGACAGCGGAGGAGGAAGUAAGCAGAAAGGAAAAUGCGCCGUUGCCAUUUUCCAUGUAUCGAGGCCAUUUGGAUGGACGAUGGUUGAGCUCAGCAAGCACUUGUCUACAUGCUUGUGUCACUACCGAGCAGCAAGGUGUCGCAGUGAAGAUGGCUGCUGAAUCAGUGUGUCAGCCACAGUACGUCACAUUUGCAUGGCUUGGCUUCGGCUCACAAAGACUGGAAAACUCCAAGUUAAUUUGAUGUCGACCGGCACUUUCAUCGCCAUAUGUUGGUCGGAACGCACUUUGUCUGCGUCCCAGACAGGCAGCCUGCUAUUCGAUGAUAGCAGCAUUUUAUCCCUCCACGGCCAGCAUGAGUGCUUCUUUGCUGCACCUCGCUGCACCCUAGAAAUGUAAUUUCAGCGAGGCACAUAAGGACCCUUGUGACAUCAGACAGUAUUUUACAGCAGAUACAGUUCUCAUAUGUCCUCCAUUAGCAACCUCUGAGCCGCUGGAACAGUUUUCACCUGGUGUUCUCUCUUCUCUGGAGGCUUUUAUAUUUCUAAUGGCGGCUUAAACAUACCUUGCACACCAUAAAGGUUCAGUAGAAAAAACACGACGUAAUAUGUUGAAUACACUCAAACUGUCUUCUCGUAGUGACUUUGAACCAAUCUAUGUUGCUCUUGAGAUCUGAAGUGCCUCGCGUUUGACAGGAAAUGCAUUGUAAGUCGUGUGUCGAAAGUCAUGCAUAUGACAAAUGUUUAUUAUAUUACUGCAGGAGACUAGUUGCCCCACAGAAAGAUGCUCUAAACCCCUGAGUACAAGUUGUUGCUCAUUUCUCUGUCCAUCUCUAAUAGAGAAGCAACAUAAAUCACUUUUGUCUUUGCGUUUAUUUUCCAAAGUUUGACAUCAGGCAGCUGACAAAGCAAAAAGUAGAAUGGCUUGACAGUGCUUUUAAUUCCUUAGUGUUUCAAUGAUUCAGUAGCUGCUGGGAUAUUUUGUUUAACUCUCACAGUCAGCAAUAUCUUAGAUGGUUGCGUCUCUCACAGAAAUGAGAGAACAAGAGGAGAAACCAUUUGUCGAGGGUCUCUUUAAUUCCUGUCACACAAAAAAAGGCCAAAAUCUUGGAACAUUAUUGCCCAGUCCGCAAAAGAGAAAGAUGUUUUGAUUCAGAAUUAAUUUGGCUUAAAUAAUCAAUUUAAAAAUAAUACAUUUAAAAUGUAAUCAUGUCCCAUUUCCUGGGAAUUUCAUCCAAAUCUGUCCAUAACUUUGCAAGUUAUUUUGGACACAGACAACCUGAUGCUGUCCACGGCUCUUGCAUUUUUAGCUAAUGCUAAUUCCCCGUUUUCCCAAAAAGGUGUCUUCGCCUAUAACUGGAAGCUAAAGGUGCGUGUAUUCACUCUGGCUGUGCAGUAAUCCCAAUACUUGUGAAUUCCAGCAUUUCAACAGUCAGUACCGAAUAUUUCCUCCUCAGUUUAGUCCCGUAAAUGAGGGUAAAGUCAAGACGAACAGUGCCAAAUGAUGCUGGGAGACACCACGCGGCUGCCUUUGCAACAAUGUGACGUCAGUCAGCUGCCUAGCUCAACAUUCGGCAUCACACCACGUUCAGUUCUGUGUUCAAUCCCUGCACGUUGUUUGAGAUUUUGUUUCCCAACGAUGACCAGUGAACAUCCCGCUUCGUCUAAGCGUCCUGGAGCUGAACCUUUGCACCAGAGGAAUGUUCAUAAAAAGGUUGAAAUUCAUCCACUUUUUAAAAGAAGGGAGAACAUAGGGACGGUUUUAUUAUGAUACGUGAGUAAAUCAUAAAAUAAAUGUGCUUACGUUCUAGAACCCGAGUCAGGGGAGUACUGUAAUACAACUAUUUACUUCAAAUAUUAGGAUUGCGCCUUCUGUGUGCCAUACUUGAUAUAUAUAUUGAUAUACAUACGUGAAUUAAUCAUUUAAUGGCAGCAUCAUUGUCUUGGUAUGGAGUGUAUUUGAGCAAAUGUUUUUGCGGAACAUCUACCGCAACUCCCGUCAUGCGCUGCUUUGUUAGCCCCUAAUGUCAUGCGAUGCAUUAUGUGCUUUAUUGUGGCGCUGCAGCCUGUGUGGCAGCCAUGCUAGACAGCCACCCCUAUAAUCAUCAACCCCUUGUACUACGUCUGAUAUUGAUCACGUUAUUCCUGCCGAAACUGAUCAUUAACAUGACUGGCAGUUGCAACAAAGAGAUGAAAAGCCUGAACCAAGCCCCUCAUUGUGCUUUAAAAGCCGUGGACACGCUGACUGAGAUGCAUCAGUCUUUUAUCAGCGUUGCCCUCGCUGCUCAAAAAUGAACGUCUUUCAUUUAUUUCUCUCUAAUUGCCUGUUCUCUCAGCCCAUGUUGCUGGCAAGCGCGUGGCGUCCAAAAGCCCGUGUGAGUGUGGAAUUAAGGAUGAUCACCUAAUGUUGCUAAUGGAAAGGUUGGCACGGGUAACAGCACUGUAUUUAUUAAUUUAUUUUGCUAAAAUUUGGUCGGAAGGACACAGGUGCCCUUGCAGAGCGGUGUGACGUGAGAGGACUGUGAAUUUGCCAGGUGGCAGUGAAAGAGAGAACAAGAGAGUGAUAGGAUUGAAGACAGAGCAGAGCAGAGCAGAGCAGUGAGAAAGGAGGAGAGAGGGAGUGGAGUCUACAGGGAUGCUGUGUCUAUCUACAAGACCAUCUCCUCAACUGAAUGACAGUGGUCGAAUUUUCUGGAAGGUGUUUAAAGUGAAAAUCAAACGCGCUGGUUUGAUUUUGUAAAUGGGUGAAGCGGAACACCUGUUUUUUUGUUUUGUUUUUUUUUUUGUAAGUUGCCCACCCGAAGCUCCAAUAAAUCAGGCUGGACCCUCGCCCCCGUCCACACGCAGGCGUUGGAAGGUACACGUAUGUUGUAAUCCGUGUACACCUAGUUAAGAAAGCUCUCGGCGUGAGAUUUAUAGGCGUAGUGAUUGGCUUCAUAACCCCCCUCCACCAUUCUGCGGCACUGCCAUUUGCAAUGGUUGAUGAGCCCCUCCGCCCUCUCAAACAUGGCCGUCUAAGGGAUUGGGGGUAGGGGAAAGGAGGAGAGGAGAGUGGGUGGCGAAGGCACGCUGUCUCUGAUCACUCCUCCUCCAACUCGUUCAUCAUCCGCUUAUCAAUACACCGUUUCAUCGGCGUCGAGGGUCGUUCUCCUGGCGUCGCCCAUUCACCUCUCAACGCCGUCCCUGCGCACACUUCACCUUUGUCACCAUACACUAGAAAAGUGAGUGAAUGGACCGCCAUACUUUAUAGUGCUGCGUCAAAAGAGGCGGAGUAGGGAAGAGAAUUCAAUUUUUUGGGACCGGCAUCGGAGGGGUGGGGACGUGACGCGCCGUCGGGAAGAUGCCGGGGAUUGGCCGGGCGAGGUGUCAGUCCUGCCUAUUGCUGCAGACGGACAGGCCACUCGAUGAAUAUGGAUGAGAGCAGUGAAAAGGGUGAUGCGGCAGGGAAGACCCCCCCCUCCUUCACACCGAUGCAGGCUUGAACAAUGCGUGCCGUCUUUCACUGAAAACACUGAGAGCCUGCAUUAGCAUUUUCUCAGACAAUUGAGGCUCUGGCCAGCUGCAGGCAUGGCUUGGAUGCUGCGGUGAAAUCUCCUUUUCUGCGACCGCAGAUGAAUUAGACCUCAGUGAAAAAGGUCGACUGGCCGCAUUCCUCAACACUACCACUGCACCUAUGCCUAGCCCAAUGUUCAGAUACCCUUUAGAGAUUUUGUCCCGGCAUUGAUGGCGAUCUGACAGAGGACUUGAGCAGCAGCAGAUCUCAGAAUGGAGGAGGGCGAGUACUUCCUGAAGGUGCUGAUCCCCAGCUAUGCAGCCGGCUCUAUAAUUGGCAAAGGCGGUCAGACCAUCGUACAACUGCAGAAAGAGACGGGUGCCACCAUCAAACUGUCCAAAUCCAAAGACUUCUACCCAGGAACAACAGAACGCGUGUGUCUGAUACAGGGUACAGUCGAAGCACUCAAUGGCGUCCACAACUUUAUCGCCGAGAAAGUACGUGAGAUGCCCCAGAGCGCCCAGAAACCAGAGCCAGUCAGCAUACUGCAACCCCAGACAACCGUCAACCCCGACCGCGUCAAACAGGCCAAACUGAUAGUGCCCAACAGCACAGCUGGGCUGAUCAUUGGUAAAGGAGGAGCCACUGUGAAGGCAGUCAUGGAGCAAUCCGGGGCUUGGGUGCAGCUCUCGCAGAAGCCAGAGGGCAUCAACCUGCAGGAACGCGUGGUAACCAUCAGCGGUGAGCCGGAACAGAACCGCAAGGCAGUGGAAAUCAUAGUGCAGAAAAUCCAAGAGGACCCACAGAGCAGCAGCUGCCUCAAUAUUAGCUAUUCCAACGUCUCGGGCCCAGUGGCUAACUCCAACCCCACCGGAUCCCCUUAUGCUAACACAGCUGAGGUUCUACCCAACGCUGCUGCAGCCGCCGCCACUGCCUCUAGUCUGUUAGGCCAGGCUGGACUGACAGGAAUGGGUGCCUUCCCCGCCGCCAUGUCCAGCUUCUCUGGCAACGACCUACUGGCCAUCACCUCAGCUCUCAACACAUUGGCCAGCUAUGGCUACAACACCAACACCCUGGGCCUGGGCCUCAACCCUGCAGCUGCCUCUGGGGUCCUCGCUGCUGUAGCAGCUAGUGCCAAUCCAGCUGCAGCCGCUGCAGCUAACCUCCUUGCCUCAUACGCUAGUGAUGCCUCCAGCAGUGCCGGCCACCCUGCGACGGGCCUAGGUGGGUUCUCCCUGGGUUCUCUCGCAGCUGCCACCGGGGCUUCCAAUGGUUACCUUAAUGCUUCUUCCCCACUUAUGGCCUCGUCCCUACUGGCGACAGAGAAGCUGGCAGAUGGUGCUAAGGACGUGGUUGAGAUAGCUGUACCUGAGAAUCUGGUCGGCGCCAUCUUGGGGAAAGGAGGGAAAACGCUGGUCGAGUACCAGGAGCUAACAGGAGCCCGCAUCCAGAUCUCCAAAAAAGGAGAGUUCAUUCCCGGUACUCGGAACCGUAAAGUAACCAUAACAGGGUCGCCAGCAGCCACGCAAGCAGCGCAGUAUCUGAUCAGCCAGCGGAUCACGUACGAGCAGGGCGUGCGUGCAACCAACCCACAAAAAGUGGGCUAAAAGGCUAAAGAAGAGGAAAGAAGGAAAGGAUGAAGACAGAGACGGAAAGGAACUGAGAGGAUCACCACGAAAAGAAAAAAAGAAACGUCCAAAUAUCUGUUCAAUAUUUCAGUAUCAAACGAGAGAAUCACAAAGGAGGAGGUGGGGGAGACAACCAAGAUAAGUGUGUGUGAAAUGUGAAUGUGUUUUUAGGACCGAGGUCCUGAUGUUUUUUAAAAGUUUGUGUCGAGUCCUUUUGAUGAUGGUGAUCAGAGGAAAGCUGAACUGGUCCACUGCCAAGCUGCAGAUUUCUGGGCGGGGCCCCACGGUCUCGCCCUUCUCCAAAACCUCAUAGCUCUUUUACCUACUUUUGUUCUUCUCUCUUUAAUGUUUGAUUUUGUUCGGUUACUUGUUUUGUUUUUGUUUGUAAAUCCUCAGCUCCUGGCGAGUUGAGUGUGAGAGGAAGUUCCAGCCAGUUUGUGGAGCUGUUUCCCAAAAACCUCACUCUGUGUCUACGAUGCAGAAGCCGUCGUCUACAGAAGGGAGGUUUCCAGACAAGCACCUGAGGUCGCCUCACUUCUCCGUGAAGUAAUCCGAGUAUAAUUUCUUUCAGCCAAUCACCUCUAUGACGCAUCUCUUUUGACAUCCGUUAGCUCACGUCACAUGAUUGAACUGUCUAAAUUUAGCUGCUUUAUAUUUUGUCCAUUAUUUAUCCACAUGGUUUCAUUCUAACACAAGUAGAUUAUUUAAACCCGCGAGUGCGGGUUGAUCUGAAUGUAAAAACAAUAUUAGCCUGUUGCUAUUUUUUAUUUACAGGGAUCAAAUGUUGUGUUGCAGUGAAAGAAAUGUAUAACAAAGAGAACAACCCCGGUCUGAACCUCACACUGGCUGUAUGCGAGUAUUGUUCAGGGGUUAAAUAAACAAUGUGAGAGGACAGAGGAGACACACAGGAAUGUAUAAAUAUGUUUCACAUAAACACAUAUAUCGAUGAUGCUCCCACAAACGCACAAACGCAGAAAGAUAGUUGCAUAUUCAAUCAUAGCUACAAAAAUGUUGUUGAACCCUUUCUUGGUGCUAUAUGAUUCUAUUUAUAUAUGCCAUCGAAUCCAAAACUGUCUGGCGGCCGCUGUAGAUUCAGAGAGCGCCGACGUGUUGUCCGGUCAUUCGUCGCCCAUUGGCUCAGACACAGCCUCUCACCUGAUGAAGGGGGGGGGUUGAUUUUAGCGGAGAUGAGACGUAACCCAUUCUCAAGCAAGUCUGGCGUCCUUAUACGAUCUGGCAAAUUUCCCCUCGCCACCCUGGAGCCGCGUCUCACCAGCUUAGAUCAGGACGAAGAAUCUCCGCAGCCUGUCGAGAAGAAGCCUUUACAUUAAAGGUACCAAAUAGUCUUCUGAUAGGACAGAGGAACGACGCUCUAAAUUUAUUUAAAAGAAAAGUCCCUAAAUGCAGUAAGGAUCACUAAAGCUGGGAAGUUUAUCCAUGUUUUAUCUGUUGAGAACACUCGCUGUUCGACCCUCAAUGCAAACAUUCGUGUGCUUAUAUCUGCUGCACUUGUUGCUGGGGGUUUCCACCAGAAGGAACCCUGAAGUGUCUGUGCAUCUCCAAUACGUGUGCGUCUCUACAGAACCUCAGGGUUUGCAAUAUCAAACAGGCACCACCCAGCUAUUUUUAUUAUGGAAAGUGAUGACAUCAUCGUCCAAUUCGACAUACGACAGGCUGUGUAGGAUGUUGUGCUCCUUAAGAGUGAAAGUCAUCGGCGACUCAAAGGGUUGAAAUGUAAAACGUUUGCUUCCCAAACUAGGAAGUAUCUGAAGCUCACAGAGAUGAAGCAUGCUGUGUUGACUGUGGCAACGAUACGAGUGCCUCUUUGACAUUUCCUCCUCCUUCCUUUGUCACCGUGAGGAUCCCACUUCCUCGCCGCCAUCUUGAUUCUGUCGGGAAAUAUAAAAAGCGCACUUCAUCUGUAAGAAAUAGCCACAUUUGGAAUUAGUCACCAUUUCAUGCCCAGCUUUACGCGGAGCGUGACGUGAGAGGGUUUGAUUCUAGAGCAUCUCGGAGCACUCGAAGCUUAGCUGACUACUGUGCUGCUAUCCAUAUGGUCACGAGUACACUGGGUCUCUCAAGACUGCACUGUGAGAAAAAAAAAAGAACACAAUGUAAAGUGUGUCUGUCGCUGCUGGGGGGUGUGAGUAAUAGUUUAAUGUGCAUAUCUAUGUCACAUGACCAGUUUGUGUUCGUCGGUUAGCGAGGAGUCAGCAGCUCAUAAAUGACCCUGUCUCGCUCAGAAGACGUGUCCCCAUCAACCCAGGCUCUAUGAUCAGCUCCAUGAGUACGCAGCUGUGAGGGUUGGUGCUAAGUAGUGUCCGUGGAAACCCAAGGCGACGGAACCAAUCGAUACUUUGUCUGGUGUGCGACGAUACGCUUUUCCUUCCAUCCGCGAUCUGGCCCCUCCUCCAAGCAUAGGUCCUUCCACUGCCCACAGUUCGAGCAUUUAAUACGAAACAAGCACAAAACAAGGGGGUGUUUUAUCAAUGCAACUGGACUGCUUUACUGCAGGGAGCACCAGCUCUCUGAUCAAUACAUCGUGCCAAAUACUAUUUCUCUCUGCCCUUCAUUAACUUUCCUCUUUCUCUCAACAUUCGUUCCCCCCCCUCCACCGACCCCCUGCACGAUGCGCUCCCUCAUCCUUUUCUCGCCGCCCUGAUAUAAAUGUCUGUGCUCCUUCAUGCACCGUGCGCUCUUUCUCUAUCUCUCUCCCCCUCUUUCUCCUUCCUCCUGUCUUGUCUUCUCAUGGGCGGUGUGUCGCUUAUGCUGCUGGUGAAAGAUAUGCACUAAUAGGUCAUGAGGGUUCGAACAUAUUUUGCCACAAGGCGUGAACGCACAGAAAAAAAAAAAAACAAAAGGAAAAAAAAAAAACAAAACACCUGCCUCCAAAAACUGUGACACCAACCAGCAAUGUUGACACAAAGAAUUCCCUCUAUCAGAAGAACAAGUAGGAUCUAGAAAGGUGAGCUGGAGCCUUCAGAGACCUUUCUGAAAGACUUGACUACAACCUGUAAAGCUCACUUUUCUGCCUAUAAACUAACAAGCAGAGCAAAGACCGAAGGCCUAAGAUAGAGAAAGGAAGGUGGGAACAUGUUUGUGACCUCAAGCUGAAACAAUGACAUCCUUUAUGCAUAUCCUCUUAUCUGAAAAAGACUAGAAUUCAUUUCUGUGGAAAAACAAUAUGUCAUGUCAUAUGAUCUAUAUGUACUUUAUUGUAGCUAUUCUAGUUUGUAGUCCAAAUGCAGUCCCGCGUUGUCGAUACAAUGUGAACUAUGUUAUAUUCGUGUGGAUGAUGAGAGUGCCAACUAAGCCUGACUAAGAUUAGCUUUGCGAUUUGUUUGUGCAUUAUGAUGCCUCAUCAUCAGCCGGUGGUGUCCAUAUUUCUGUCAUUGAUGAUUUAGUUCGACAGUAAGAAAAUGUAAAGAAUAUUGGAAGCAAUAUAGUAGCAUGUUGUCCUGUUUUGUGUUUUAUGUCUGUUGUAUGAACCUUUGAAAUUACUAAGAUUUUGAAUGAAUAGGUUUACAUGUACUUUUUUGUAAGUUAUGAAAAUGCUGCUAUUUGAUAAGUCAACUAUACAAAAAUAAUAUUUUAGUUGGGAAAAGAUCACGUCGAUUAGAAGAGCGCGCACGCUCUCCGCGGCGGAGAGGGAGGAGACCACUAUACAGCAUUGGUAAGAUAGUAAAAGUAAUAAUAGACUCCAUAGUACAACGUGCCAAACUAGACCUCUGCAGCUUCUGAAUUUAUAGAUGUGCGAUCAAAUGUUAGUUAUCAAGUUUAGAAGUGCUGAUCAAGUGCCAAUCAAACACUGUCUUUUAAGUUAAGAAAAAGAUAAUCAAAUACAUUGCUUAAGAAAACAAAGGAUGAAAAAACAUCUCUGUGCAUUGUUUUUAUCCCAUACAUAGAGUAAGAGUUAAAGAUUGUGAUUUUUAUGGAUCCAUGUUGUUUUACACUCCAUGCAUCCCUCGUGUGUUCGUUUGACCUGUGGCUUCAGUAACUGCUGUUUUCUCACAGAUGUCUCUAUAGGCCAGCAUGGACUAAGCAUUAACAUGUUAUAAGCAUUCAUAACAUAGCCAUUAACAAUCAAGAAAUGUGUUUGUGAAGUUCGGUGUUAUCUUUUUGCACGUCUUCUAUUGCAUGGUAUCAAAGUUUCGAAAAAAGAAAAAGGAAAAAAAAACGGUGGGGAAAAAAACAAAAAAGAUGCGCGAGGCCGUCUCGCUACAUUCAAAGACAUAACGCUGCAUGCAGUCAGAUGUAAAGCACUUCUGUUUACUCGCCUCAUUUUGAAAUGUUUUGUGAGUUGGGAGGAGGAUCACCUUUUUUCGUCAUGUUGGCCCGAAAAAAAAAAAAAAGACACGCA